AUGGACGCGGGGCCUAAUUGGGAAAGGGAGGACAACACUGUUCAAACGUCAACGGGGGCUGUUGAUGAUAGGGUCACUAUUCAUGAGUUGUUUUGCCAAACAUUAAAAGUUGCGGUGCCGACGGACGUUAGCAGUGUUUUGUGGAUGGCUUCACAAAUGAUUACCAUGGCCUUUGUAGGGCACUGUCUCGGCGAGGAGGGGAUGUCCCAGUACAGCGCUGGGAUUCUGGUAUUUAACGUAACGGCCAUGUCCGUUGUCAGUGGUUUGAAUUCCGCCAUAGAUACGAUAAGUUCCCAGGCCUUUGGGCAAAACCCACGCUCUACAGUAAUUGGGGACACACUGCAGUUGGCAUUUGUCAUUAAUUUUUUCUUGUGGAUUGUUAUGAGUGUUGCUUUUAUUAACAGCGAACCCGUGAUGGUUUAUGUCUUUGGAGACGCUGUUGGUAAAGGCGCCGCGAGGUUUCUCGGGGCGAGCCCAGUGUACUUACUGACACAGAUCAUUACUGGAAUUGUAAGCAAGACACUGUAUGCCCAACGUCUUUCCCCCCUUGUUGUGUAUGCUAAUGGAGCUGCGGCAAUUACUUCCCCUAUAGCUAACUAUUUUUUAAUAUUUAUGGGAAUUGAGGGAACCGCGCUAUCACUGGGUUUGACUGGAAUGAUGUGUGCUGCCACCCAUGUGCUGAUUUGCCUACUGCACCCUAAAGCUGUCGUCCGAGAGGCGCAGUGGCCAUCCCCGGUACUUCGUCAAAAGGAGGCCUGGAGAAGGUUUUUCAAGGUUGGGAUACCUUCCCUGAUCGCGGUGUGUUCGGAGUGGUGGGCCUUUGAAGUGCAGGCGUUCUUUGCAGUUUCCAUCUCACCGCUUGCUUUGGCGGUUUUUGGAGUGGCAAUGAACAUCAUAUCGGUGAUGUUCUCCAUAGCACUUGGGUUGAGUGUCUCGGCAAGCACUUUAAUUGGAAAUGCCCUAGGGGCUCAAAGGCCUUUAUUUGCGUCACGGUACGCCAGGUUUAUUCUUAUCUGUGACGUGACACUUGGGGUUUGUACCGCCGUCGCUAUGGGCUACUUUGGAGGGCACAUUGCACGUCUUUAUACAAAUGUUCCCGAGAUGACAAGCGCGGUGGAGUCUAUAAUGCCGGUUGUCAUCCUUUGUCAUCUCGGAGACUCUCUUCAGUAUUGUUUACAAGGUGUUUUUCGUGGUGCUGGGCGACCGGAGCAAGCGGCACGAGGUGUGGUCUUUACAUUGUGGCUUAUCGGUUUGCCAGCCUCUGCGCUUUACGUUUUUGUUUUUCACUGGGGCGUCGAAGGCGUCCUUGGUGGUCUGCUCACUGGGUUCUGCUUUGAAAUUCCGCUCUUGUAUUACUUAAUGUCUCGAUGGGAUUGGAAGGUCCUGGCUCAGGAGGCUCAGGCGGUGGCUAAUGUGCCGGAAUUUGUUCUACUGGACAAUGUGAGCGAGAUUGACGACAGUGGUGAGCGCGACAUUGAACUUGCCGAAAAAACCGCGGACGAAGCGGAGGCAGUUGAGUUGUAA